AAAACAACACAAAAACAAGAUUAAACUAAAACACAAACAAAAAACUCUUUCACUAAAUAUUCUACAAUAUUGAAGCGCAUAGUAUUCAACAUCACUAUCCACAUAUGUCCCUCUCACAAUUCCCUCUCUCUCUAGAAAAAAAUGAUGAUAGAAGAAAAAGAAAGGCAAUAAAGUAUGCCAAAAAGCACAAGCUAUGCUAUCUCCAGCACACAAAUGAAACCAAACUCUCUUUGUCCAAACUCCUCCUAGCUAGCCACAAUAUCAUUAUCAUUAUAAUAAUCAUAAUUUCUGUUUCCUUAACCCCAAAAUCCUCCCUCAAAAACUGAUAAAUCCCAUGUCUAAUGAUCCAAACAAGAUCAAUCCCUAUUAUCCCUUUUUCGAAUUUGACCAUGACCAUGUUGAUCACAACCACACCAUGCUAUCAGAAGGGUUUGCAUUUCCCAUAGUCACAGAUCACAACAAUUUCAGCCCUUUUAUGUACCAAAACCCUAAUGAAUUUCACCACAUCUUGCAAGGCUACAACACCCUCUCACCACCACUUGAUCCACCACCACUUUGCAACAACACAAGUAACAAUUCCAACGAUGUUGCCGGCGGCAGCGGCGGCGAUGGUGGUGGUGGUGAGAAUAUUCCGGUGACGCCGAAUUCGUCGGCGUCGAUUUCCUCGCAGGAGGCUGGAGCUGAAGAGGAUUCCUCCAAAAGCAAGAAGGAUGUUCGAGAUGGCAAAUCUAAGAAUGUCAAAGCAAAAGAGAAGGAAGGGAAAAAGCAAAGACAAGCAAGGUUUGCCUUCAUGACUAAAAGCGAGGUAGAUAAUCUUGAAGAUGGAUAUAGAUGGAGAAAAUAUGGCCAAAAAGCAGUCAAAAACAGCCCUUUUCCGAGGAGUUAUUACAGAUGCACUAGCCAGAAAUGCAACGUGAAGAAGCGCAUCGAGAGAUCGUACCAAGACGCGACGGUGGUGAUCACCACCUACGAGGGGCAGCACAACCACCACAGCCCCGCCGUGCUACGGGGCAGCGCCGCCGCCAUGCUGGCGCCGUCUCUAUUCUCGCCGCAACCAGCGUUUCCCACUUUCCCUCAAGACAUGUUUUACCCAUCAUCAGCUACCAACUUCUACACACAAUUAACUGAUUCCGGCCGCCACGUACCGCCACCACCGCCGCCGCCAGCCUGAUCAACGCCGCCAUGAGUUUUUCUUUCCUCCACAAACCGGAGCCUGCAGAUAUGUAUGGUGAGAAAGAGCUUCUUGAUUUUGAAAUAUUGUAGCUAAUUAAUCAUCUCUUUUACUAGUAGUUUCUUGCUUUAAUUGGUGGAUUUAAUUUGUUGAAGCGUUUAAUGCAGUUUCUUCUGACUUAUAUUGGAACAUAGUAUUGUAUUAUUCUUGUACAUUUCAAGAAAUGUGGUUUCAUUGUGUGUGUGUGUAAUAUGUAUGAAUGAAAGAUGCUAAUAGAAAUCGAUUUUUAAUUGGUUUUGUAGCCUGCAAAAA